CCACACAGUCUGAAAUAGUCUGAACGUUUGCGCGCCCUUCUGCCAGUGUCUGCCAUGCGUUGCGCGGCGUUCGUGGCAUCUGUUGCGCUCUAUGCCGCCGGCGAAGACCCAGUUCGCAGUGCCUUUGAGAAGUUUCAAGCCAAAUGGCAGAAGAACUACGGCAGCCCCGAGGAGGAACUGCGCCGCUUUGGAGUGUUCCAGAACACCUACCAACAAGUGAUGGAGGAGAAUGCCAAGGGACAUCCUUAUGAGUUGGAAGUGAACAAGUUCGCGGAUCUGACUGAUGAGGAGUUCUCCACCUAUCUGGGCAAGAAAUCCAAGCCACACCGGCGCUGGGGUACUGCGAAGCACUUAGGCACCCAUCGCUACAGCGGCCAAGCUUUGCCUGAUUCCUGGGAUUGGGUUCCCAAGGGCGCCGUCACGCCAGUGAAGGACCAGGGGUUGUGCGGGUCUUGCUGGGCUUUCUCUACUACGGGAGCCUUGGAGGGUGCAUUGUUUGUGUCCUCCAAACGUCUCGUGUCACUGUCGGAGCAGCAGCUGGUGGAUUGCACGAAAGGCAAGGGUGAGGAUGCUUGCGAUGGCGGUGACCAGGACCCAGCUUUCAAGUAUGCUGAGAGCACCGACAUGUGCACUGAGAAAAGCUAUCCUUACAAGUCUUCCAAGGGAAAAGCUGGAAAGACCUGUGAUAUGUCCUCCUGUUCCGUUGGCAUCCCCAAAGGAGGUGUGACUGGUUACAAGGAUGUUCAGCCUGAUGAUGUGAAUGCACUCAUGGAAGCAGUGGUGCAACAGCCAGUUGCCAUCUCUGUGGAUGCCAAUUCCACUGGUUUCAAAAACUACAUGAGCGGCGUGAUCAAAGCGCAGUGCGGCACUGAUUUGGACCAUGCAGUGUUGUUGGUGGGCUACGGAACCAUGAAUGGCACACCCUAUUGGAAGGUGAAAAAUUCUUGGAACACCGAUUGGGGCAUGGAUGGCUAUGUUCUCAUUGAGCGUGGUGUCUCACAAUCUGGCGGCAUGUGCGGCGUUCGCUCUGAGGCCUCCUAUCCUGUGGUGUCUUCAAGCCCAAGCCCCACCCCUACACCAACACCACCAACACCAGGAAAGGAUGUGUGCUGCAUGGCUGCAGAUGCCACUUGCCAGGCUGGACAGACUUGUUGUUCUUCCAGCAAGAAGUCCUAUGCCACGGAGUCUAGCUGCAAACGCCAUGGUGCCAAGCACAAUUGCGGAUGGGAUGCGUCUCACUCCAAAUGCGUGGUGCAGCCUUCCGUCCUCGUGGUCUGAGAUGUCUAAGUCUAAGUGACAUUAAAUGACAUUAAGGUGCAUCAAGUGACUUGGGUUGAGGGAUCCAAGUUUCUUGUAAUCUUGAGACUCUGAGAUAGGCAGGACCUAGUUGGGGGUGCUUGCCGCUUUUUACGCCAAAACGCAAUCCUUGAGCACUUGAGCGUCACGGGCAAAGCCCAGUCAAGCUGCAAAA